UGGUAACAGGAAUAGUAGCAGAAGGUUUUCAAUAUUGACGCACAUUGACGCUUAUCGAGAAUCUUGUAAUCGUUGAAGACUGAAAAAAUUCUGUCAAAUUCGAAAUAAUUUUCACGAAACAAAUCGGAGUAUCAUUUACUUCAAGAACGAUGUCAGACACGAUAAUAGAUGAAAGAGUGACUGACGAAAUCGAAGCAUUAAAGGCGAUUCUACUUGACGAUGAGUUAAACAUAAAGGAAAACGAAAGAGGUGAACCAGAAUGCAUUGAGACUGUGUUAUUUCCAUCUACUGGGGAAGACUCUCAAUCUCAAUAUGUUUGUGUAACAUUAAUUGUUCAAUUACCUAUGGGAUAUCCAGAUAUAUCACCUACUAUUAGUCUUAGGAAUCCUAGAGGAUUAGAUGAAAAUACAGUAAGGCUUAUGCAAUCAGAUGCAGAAGCAAAAUGUAAUGAUUUCAUAGGCCAACCAGUUAUGUUUGAACUUAUUGAGUUGAUCAGGGAACAUCUUACAAGAAGUAAUCUUCCAACUGAUCAGUGUGCCAUAUGCUUGUAUGGUUUUAGAGAAGGAGAUGAAUUCACAAAAACAGAAUGUUAUCAUUAUUUUCAUUCGCAUUGUUUAGCAGCACAUGUAGCUGCUGCAGAAAGAUAUUAUAGAGAAGAACAAGAAAAAUUGCCACAGUGGCAGCAAGAUACUACUAAUAAAUUUCAAGCUAUAUGUCCUGUAUGUCGAGAAUCAAUUAAUUGUGAUGUAGAAAGUUUAUGGUCUGCUCCACCUCCGAUAGAUGUUGAAGCUGCAACAGAUUUUUCAGUUACUGCAGAAUUAAGAGAACUGCAAAAACAAAUGGCAGCAUUAUUCUUAAGACAACAACAAAGGGGUGGUAUAAUUGAUCUAGAAGCUGAGGGAAUAAAAAUGUUGGUAAGAACAGAAGAUGAACCUGGUGCUACUACCGAAGGACUUAAUCCACCUGGAACCAGUUUAAAUGCAUAUUCCAAUCAAAAUAUGCAAUCUGUUAACCAUAUGCAAAUGCCGCAGUCAAAACAGCCAUCACAUCAGACAAGGAAUCAUACACAAUUACAUCAUAGUUAUCAUGGGCAUCGAAAUAGAGGUCGUGGACGAGCUCAUUAUCGGCGUCAAUUUGACAAAGUUAGACAGACGGAAUCUACUCCCAGAUGACAAUGGGUUCGAGAUAAACUGUUUAUUGUCUGGUCUCCUAUUUUAUUAAAUAUAUAUAAUAAUAUGAGUAGCAUUAGUAGCAUAAUUAUGAAUGUACUAUAUAAUAACUGUUUAAUUUCAAAUUACUUUUACAUGAUAAAAUUAUAGGUAUUAUUGUUCAGCAACAUUCCCGUUGUAACGGUGUAUAAGAUGGGAUGUGUUGAAACUUCCAAGGACUGUUUCUGUAGACUGAAGCCAUGGUGCUCUUUUAAACGAUCUGCAAUCGUACAAACUUCAUUUUUUUGUUAAUAUAAAUAUGUAUACAAAACUGUAAGUACUGUAACAAAUUAUAAAUCAGAAAUAUGGGAUAAAAAUGCGCAAUCAAAAUGUUAUAUUAAAAAAUAUUUUAUACCAGUGAUUUUAAAUUCAUUUAUAGUAAAGAAUCGGGAAAGUAACGUGUAUUAUAUAUUAUGUAUUUUUACAACCAUUUUCGAAUGCGUUUCUCAAUGUGUGUUUAAUUUUACACAGAAAUUUCUCAAUAAUAUAGAUCGUGGUAUAAAACAGAGCAGACAUGGAUCAGUGUUUAAACAGAUAUUUACAUAUUCCUUUUAAAGGAAUAAAAAAUUUAAUUUUUGCUCUAUACAUACAUUCUGAAGCAAUGUAAAUCUUUAGAAUAAUAUGUAAUUCUAUUAUAUUACAAGUUUAACGUAUGAAAUAUACCUUUCAAGAGUUGAGAAUUUUGAUUUAAUACAUAAAUCAACCACUACUUCUGAGAAAACACUGUUCAAACUAUAGAAGAAAAUUGUUGCAUAUUAAUAUGCUUUGCAAAGUAUUGCUUUUUGUACAUAUGUAAUAUUUACAUCCAAAAAGUUUCAUUAAGUUUUUAAUCUGUGCUAUUUAGUUAUUAUAUAUUGUUGAAACUAAUAUUUUGCUUUCUUUAUUUUAUUUUUACGCAUUAAAUAAUUCUUUGCUGUAUAACAAAGAAUAUUCUAUUAAAGGAUAAAAAAUCUUCCUUGUGAUUGUGAUACAAAAGGGUAGUAGGAUAAAACUUAAAAAAAGUUGAGUAAGAUGAAAAAUACAAAACCAUUCCAGUACAGAUAAGUUUAAACAUUAAUUUUAUCAUAAAGUGAGUUAUUUAGUAUGAUAAUGAUAAAUUUAUUACGUUAUU